AUGUCUGCAAGAGUCCGGCAAUCAACCGCUGGGCCGAGCGCCACUGCUGCCAGAGAUCUGCCACCGUAUGAACCGCCUGAGAACCCUCUCAACAUUCUAGGCCAGCGCAGCUUGUACAACAUUCUGAAAGACCACAACCACCAGAAGCUGGAACAGCACCUCCGCCAGGCCACGCAGGCUCUGAGCGACAAUGCCAACACCAUCAAUUACCGGUUGACCGACCGCAAGGCCAGGGAUCUCAAGCGCAAGCAAAGGCACGCCGACUCAUUGACCGACGUGGACGAACAGCGCGCCCAGCACCUAGAAGGUUUCGACACGCGCGUCACCGCCAUGACGAAGCGCAUGGAAGAAACCGUGCGCAAGACCAUCGACUGCCAGCAGUUCGCCGGCACUCUGCAGGAAGAGAUCGAGCACCUCCAGGCCCAAGCCGCCCGCAACGCCUCCGCAUCCCAGCGCCCGACGCAAUCCCAGCGACGACGCGAUGACGACAACGACAUGACCGACUACGACCCCACCCUCCCCGGCGAGACACAAAACGAGCCGGUCCUCGUCCCCAGAGACCUCUUCGAGGAGCGCUACCAGGCGCAGAAGGACAAGUACCACUCCCUACCGCUGCCGACGCGCUACUCGGAGCACCCCGAGUACGUCGGCUUCAAGCAGGCCGUCCACGACGGCACCUAUCCGAACGGCGAGGGCCCGCCUCUAGCGCCGAAAACUGCGUGGUUCACGAGCGCCGGCGCCCCGGCGCCCGGCGUCACGCAGGCUGGAGACGACGAUUCGGACGACGACAUUGCUGUUGCAUUCGAGCGCAUCAGCACAAAGUGUCCGCUCACGCUACAGGAGCUACAAGAUCCCAUAACAAGUACGAAGUGUCCGCAUACGUUUGAGAGGGAGGCUGUUAUGGAGCUACUCCUGCAGAGCAACUCUUUCACUGGCGGUAGCAACCGACGAGGUGCAAGGGACGGUUUGAGGACAGUGCAGUGUCCAGUGCCGGGAUGCGACCAAAUGCUCACCCAGAACGAUCUACGGCCCAACCCCUCCCUCAUCCGCAAGAUUCAGCGCAUACAGAAAAGGCGGGAAGAGAUGGAGGACUCGGACGACGAGAAUGUCGAAAACUCUCGACUACAGGUCAUACCUUCUGACGACUCCAACGAGUACGACGAUAUCGACGAGCCUGCGAGCCAGCGGAUCGUGCCCAAGAUCGAACGAGCCAGUGGCAUGUCGCAAGGUCCUGGUGUUGGGUCUAGCAGUUCGAAUCAUAUGGGUUAUGAUGGGACAAUGGACAGCAGUCAUAUUCAGAGCAGUAAUAUUGUGGACUUGGGGAGCGACAGCGAAGAAGAAGACGAAGAAUGA